AAACUGCAAGCGGUAUAAAGUUAGAGAGCUGAGGUUACCAAACCGACUCUUUUUGGAAGUUUUAUUUUCAGAACUAUUAGUCUCUAAAGAUACCGGCGGAUUUGCCUUAUUCAAUAUUAUAACAGCCACUGACCAGCAAAUUGAUGCUGGAUUUGAGAUCACUUUCUCAUGAUGAUGAAUGGAGAUGUUAAGCUGGGGCCAAUCUCUGUCAAUGGGGGUAGUCACUAUGGCAACCAAGAUAAUGAAGGUUAUGAGAAUGAUGGAUUUGAACUUCAUGAAGAGAGUAGCUGGUCCUCAAACAAGCAUGUAGAGGAGGUAGAGAUGACAACAAUACUAGAGAUUGGACCUAAUGAUCAACGAUUUGGAUUCUCUGUGAUGGGAGGUCUUGAGGAAGGUUUCUUACCAAGUGUUGAUGCCAUCUUACAAGGUAAGAAGCAUGACAAUUAGUGAUGAUAAAUUACAAUAGCUUGUUCCGGCCCUAAAAUACCUGGUGAUUUAUUUAGGGUAUACAGUUGUCUAUGCCAUCACCUACUGUUACAGCACAUCCUAUCCCAAUAGUCAAAGGGCGUGUUUAUGCUUCCACUUUUCAGGCCAGAAUCAGCGUUUUCAUACGUGAUUAGUCCAAAACACAGUUGCGUCAAUGCUUACUUUCAUUUAGACGACGUUUCAGAACGCCGAUCGUAAACUUACAAAAAGGUGUGUUUCUAAACUUUGUUUGACCAGAAUCAGGGUUUCUGGGGAAGUAUAAACAGGACCACGAUCGUAAAUGUGUUUAAAUGAAGUCUUUUGGUACAUGCUUCCUGUGAGAUGCAACGAAUAUUGCAAUUUUCUGUAAAUCAAUUAAUAAUACAGGAUGAUUUAAGCUCUUGAUGUUUCAAAUACAUUUUUGGAGGAAGUAUUAAGAGAUGACUACAAUUUUCGGUACUGAAUUUCCAACAGAAAAGUCCAUAUUUUCCCCAAAAUUACUAAAUCAUGGAAAUGGAAUGCCCCCCAAAAAGAACAUUAAAGUAAGUUGACAUUUUGUAAUUUAUUCCUCAUACAUGUAUGUAGUCCGGGGUAUUUUGAAUCUUUUCAUUCUAGGGGGGGGGGGAGAAUUUGCACAAUGGAAGAAAAUGACAUAAUCUAUCAGGUUUCAAAGCUUAAUUUCAUUGAAUCAAUAUGCUUUAUUUCAUUUGAAUCAAUUAUGCCAAUUUUAGUGCAUGAAUGAAAUAAAAGUUUAGGUUUAAAUCUAUAAAUAAAGCCCUUGAACUGCUUAUUUUUUUAAUUGAGGAACUCUGAUCAAAGCAUAUUAGAUUAAAAAACAUCAGUAUAAAAUGUUUUUUAAUGUUUGUUUUAAAUAACUUAU